AUGCCUUCCGAGGAUCCGCCAGCACAACACCCUCAGGAGCGAGAAGAGCACCCUUCGGAAAGCUCAUCGUCCGUAUCGGGCCCUUCCGAAUCGCACGAAUCUUCACAUGAAAACGUCCCGGCUUCUGCGCAGGAACCAGAAAGCGAAUCGCUCGCUGAUCCGGAAGACGCUUCUGAUCAACACGAGACAAUCGCUUCUGCCCAACCUGAGACUGAUCAAGACAAUGAGGAGUCCAGUGGCGGGGAGGACGCCGGCGAUGAUACCGCCGACGGCGAUAUCUCUAUGGCCCAAUCAGCGUCGUCAAGGCAAAGCGCGCCUUCCCACCGUCGCGUCGACUCGGUGCCACCGAAAAAGUAUAACGUCGACGAAGGAGCAGCCAACGGCCUGGCAGCAUCUUUAGCCGCAACCUCGCUCCACUCCGCCAUCGCAGAAGACGACGAGGAGGCCGAUAUCUCCUUCUCGCGUCAUGUUGAUCUCACCGAGCCUCAGCUGGAUCACAGCAUCCCAGCCCAGCAGCAGGAUGUGGAGGCGGAAUCCCUUCACGCUCCUACUCCCAUUGACAAAGCAGACCUCAACUUUGUCGACAUCACACUCGACGCCCCGGAGGCGGAACUCUCGGUCACGGACACUGCAUCGGCCUCUCUCCAUCCUCUGGCAUCUUCUGCGAGAACUGCUGAGCAGAUCCGCCGUGACAGCGUCUCCAGCCACGACGUGGCCGCCCUGUCCUCGGCGCCCUCGGCAUCGCCGAAACAAGCAAACGAGACCGCACCCGCUCCCGCCACUCUGUCGGCACAUAUCCAGCUGAGUCCUCCGUUGAGUCCCGAUCCGGACAGCACCUCACGGAGCCUCGACAGCCCGUCGGCCAGCCGCAGCGUUGAGGGACGCUACCGUGGCCGUAGAAGCGCUGCGUCCAGCCGAGCCGCAAGCCCUACGCGGUCUCCCAGCCGCAGUCCUUCGCGUCGCACCUCCUUUGUCGUGUCAAACGCCCACGAUCCUCACCCAGAGGGAAAUGACCCGACUCUCAGACCUCAAGUCCCGGCAAGCUCUGCUCCAGUCCUGCUGGCAGCAGACGAGGACGGCAACAUCAGCGUCGUCCCGGACGUCCCGCUCAGCCCCCGCACCAUUCCGGAGGCACUGCCACGGGAACAGGACCGCGAUUCCGGAUUGUCAUCACAACAAGCCGCCUCAGGGCAAGGGCCCAGCCAAGGGCAUGCUGUUGCUGGGCGCGGGGCCACAUCGCUGUCCGAAGAAGUGGACGCCGCUGAGGCUGCUGAAGCUGUUGAAGCAGCCAAGGAUGCCGAUUCGAAAGCUGACGCCAGCAAUGACGCCUCUCUGACCGUGCCGCCUGCGGGCAGCAACGCUUCUGCGUCACCAGGACUGACGGAUAAAGCAGAUCAAGUCGAUACCUCCAAACGUCGAAAGUCGUCGUUUGCCAGCAACGCCUCCAACGACCCGGUCGAGUCGAGAACCCGCAUGACUACGCUUCCUGCCAAGUCCAAGGGCGAGGAGAUCAAGCACCGUGCCGACUUUGAGCGCAUGAUGAUGGCCGCAAAGGAAAUCGAGCGCAAGAAGCGCGAAGAGGACGAAGAGCGAAAGCGCCGGCGUCAGGACGAGCAGCGCCAGGCACUCGGUCGAUGGGAGAAGGAGAUCCUGCCCUCGUGGUCGCGAGCGCGCAAGGACCCCGAGCUUUCCAAAUUGUGGUGGCAGGGUGCGCCGCCGAGCAUCCGCGGACGUGUCUGGGCCCUGGCCAUCGGCAACCCGCUCAUGCUGCCGCGCAACUUGCUCGAGCAGACCGAGCGGAAAGCAGCUGGUGGCGGUGGCAGCGCAGGUGGGCAGACGAUCCCGCCGCGAGUCCAACAUCAGAUCGAGGAGGACACCGAACAAACCCUGCCAAGUCUCAAGCUGUUCCAGUCGAAUGGGCCGUUGCACGAGGAUCUCGUGCGGCUGUGCCGCGCGUUCGUGCUCGUGCGAAUGGAGCAAAUUUCGGAGCUGGAUGGAGCGGGAGAUGCGGAUCAAGCCGCUAGUCGGCACCAGAAUGCAAGUCCGUUGCUGAACAAGGUCGCGCUGCCCGGUACGCCAGCAUCGGGCGAGUCGGGCGAGGAACAGGCUACAUCCCACGAUGCGGAGCCCGAAGACGUCUACGCCCAGCGCGGGAUCGACGUCUACCAGCCGGGCACGUCGAGCCUGGCGGCGGUGCUGCUGAUCAACAUGCCGAUCAACACGGCGUUCAUCGCUUUGCUCAACUUGCUGCAUUCCAAGCCGUGGCUCAAGGCGCUCUACUCGCUGCUGCCGACCAAGCUAGCGGAAGGCCACUUGUCGCCGGAGGCCAAGCCUCGAGGCAAGGCGGGCAGCGCGUACGCUGUUGCGCCGAAAGAGCGCGAGAUCCGCGGCUUCGAGCGGGUGCUCGAGACGCUACUUGCGGAUCAGAUGCCCAAGGUGUACGCGAAUCUGCUGGCGCACAAUGUCAAGCUGUAUCGCGUGGUGCUGCGCGACUGGGUCUCGACGCUGUGGACGCACUGGCUGGACGUGGACACGGUGAUGCGGCUGUGGGAUGUGGUGCUGUUGGACGAGACGGAUUCGGUGAUCUACCGCGUAUGUCUGGCGCUCGUGCAGACGCUCGAGGCACGUCUGUAUGUGCCGGACAAGGACGAGCUCGAGUCGGUGCUCAAGGGCACCAACCGCGCCGCACUUGCGAUCUGGCGUCGCGACAAGCUGGCUUCGGGCCAGCUCGAUGCGCUGGUUGCCAAGCGCCAGUCGACGAGCGGCACGCCACCGACAAAGUCGACCGACUCAUUACCCGAUCCGCCUAACCAGGAAGGCGUGGCCGAGGUGGCGAUUCCAGCACGAGCAAGCUCAUUGGCGACACAGGAUGCAGCACCGCCAGAGGCACACGCAGAGCAAGACGUGGUGCCCGUAGACUACAUCUACGAGCAGUACAAUGUACAGGAGCACCACGUCUUUGACACGCUAGACGCCCAACUGCCCACCUGGAAACAGUCCACCCUCCAGCGCCUGCUCGACCGCGAACUCACAGAGUAG